CAGUAUCUGCAUUAUAGCUCCUAUCUAUUCUUAGGUGACACUUCAGCAGGACUGACCAGUGACCUUUGGGGUUCCUGGCGUAUAAGAGAUAAAAAAUGGCUUAUAGUGUGACUCUCAAUGGACCUGGACCAUGGGGGUUCCGCCUGCAAGGGGGGAAGGACUUCAACAUGCCUUUGACCAUCUCCAGGAUUACACCUGGCAGUAAAGCAGCUCAGUCCCAGAUGAACCAAGGAGACAUGGUGGUAGCCAUUGAUGGCGCCAACACAGAUGGCAUGACCCACCUGGAAGCCCAGAAUAAGAUCAAAUUAGCAAGCUACAACCUGUCUCUUACUCUACAAAAAUCAAAGCGCCCGAUUCCAAUUCCAACAACCAGCCCGAGAAUUGACUCUCCCAUGCCCGUGAUCCCGCAUCAAAAGGUCAUAGCCAACACUGUUGCCAACACGGAGUACGUGGAGCGUUUCAAUCCCAAUGUCCUGAAGGAUUCUGCUCUAUCGACGCACAAACCCAUUGAGGUGAAAGGGCCGGGUGGCAAGGCCACCAUCAUUCAUGCCCAGUAUAACACCCCGAUCAGCAUGUAUUCUCAAGAUGCUAUCAUGGAUGCCAUUGCAGGCCAGGCCCAGGCCCAGGGAGGUGAACUUGCGGGUGAAUCUCCGUUGGCUAGCCUCCCUGUUAAAGACCCUCAUGUAGACAGCGCCUCUCCAGUAUAUCAGGCAGUACUUAAAACGCAAAACAAACCAGAGGAUGAGCUUGACGAUUGGAGUCGCCGUUCUUCCCACCUGCAGUCCAGGUCCUUCCGCAUCCUGGCUCAGAUGACAGGAACUGAGUACAUGCAAGAUCCAGACGAAGAUGCCCUGAGGAGAUCAAGAGGUCCAGGCCAAUCUUACGCGGCCGCACCGGCUUCCCAUGGCCCAGCUCCUUACCCAGGAUACAGUGAAGCCCCAGCGCCUGCGGUGAAACCCAGAAUGGUCACCACUGCCAGCAUCAGGCCCUCUGUCUAUCAGCCAGCACCAGCUCCAGCUCCAGCACCGGCUCCAGCACCAGCGGUGGCCUCAACUCAUUCAUACACUCCAAGCAACACCGAGCCUUCAAGUCGUCCUCCCUGGAUAACAGACGACUCGUUCUCUCAAAAAUUUGCUCCUGGAAAAUCGACGACGACUGUCACCAAGCAUAUCUUGCCCCGGGGUGCUCCGGUGCCACCGCCACCAGCCUCUGCUCCGUCUUACCCACCUCCUUCGAUUCCGGCCUCCGCUCAGGCUCCUGCUGUAGCCCGUGGAACAAUCCAAAGGGCUGAACGCUUCCCAGCCAGCAGCCGGACUCCGCUCUGUGGACACUGUAAUAGCGUCAUCAGGGGCCCUUUCCUGGUAGCCAUGGGGCGAUCCUGGCAUCCAGAGGAAUUCUACUGUGCUCAUUGCAAGGCCUCCCUGGCUGACGUCGGCUUCGUCGAGGAGCAGAACAGCGUGUACUGUGAGCGCUGCUAUGAGCAGUUCUUUGCCCCGACCUGUGCCAGAUGCCAUGCCAAGAUCAUGGGAGAAGUGAUGCACGCCCUUCGGCAGACUUGGCACACCACCUGCUUUGUCUGCGCCGCCUGCAGAAAGCCCUUUGGGAACAGCCUCUUCCACAUGGAGGAUGGGGAGCCCUACUGCGAGAAAGACUAUGUUGCUUUGUUCAGCACGAAAUGUCACGGCUGCGACUUCCCUGUUGAAGCAGGAGAUAAGUUCAUCGAAGCCCUUGGACACACUUGGCAUGACACCUGCUUCAUUUGUGCUGUGUGCCAUGUGAAUCUGGAAGGUCAGCCAUUUUAUUCCAAGAAGGAUAAACCUCUGUGCAAGAAGCACGCCCAUGCCAUCAAUGUCUAAAGGAAGAGCUGGCAGGGAAAGGAAAAGAUGAGGGUUGAUGAAAUAGAAAUAACAACUAUGGAUUUCUCAUUGUGGGGAGGAGGGCCGGGGACACAGUGAACAAGGAACAGCUCUGACGCUGGAUUCCAUGGCUUUUAUAUUUGCAGAUCUUAUUCUUGCAUAGUUUGUACAAAAACAAAUACGAAUGACGGUUCAACGCUUGAUAGUGAAAUACUGCUGCAAAAGUUUGAACAAAUUGAACAAGAAUAAUGUCAUUUUAAAAGCUGCUAAAUGCAACUUAAAGUAUUGAGUAUCUUCUAGCAUAUCUACCCGGGCAGACUUAAGGCUACUAUAAUUUACUAGGGAUAAAAAAGAAAAAAUGCAAAUCAACUUUAGUAUUACCAAAUAAUACAAAGUGCCAAAACAGAUGGGAAUUGGAUGACUUGUACUGUAGUAGCCAAUAGCAAUAGGUGGGUUAAAUAUUUAUCACAAGAGAAAUGUAUUAUUCCACUGGCUUUCUGAACAUGACAUUUAUAGACCUUAGAAUAACUUUUAUAGACCUCACAGAAUGAAGUAAAAGCACCCCACUCUCUUUUUCUUAAGCCCUGCUCACGUUACAGGGAUGCGCAUACAGUCCACGUACAGUAUAGCCUUUUUAUACACAUGCUCUGAGUAAUUCUCAUGCUCCCAAUCAAUGCGUGUGCUGCUGAACAUGUGAUCUCAAUCACACAUUUAUCCAAGUAUUGGCCCCCGAUUUCAACUGCCGAGUGAAUGUGCACAGGCUCUUUCUUACCCACAGAUGCAUGCAUGUGCACAUGGGAAACGUGUGUACACUGUGACAUGAAUCAGGCUUCAGUCAACGCUUGAACUGAAAUGCAAUUCACUCUGGCACACAGCAGUGCCUCCCUACAGGGUGGACCCAAGUGACCUUUUGAAGUGUAUGUAUGAAGAAAUCCCAUAGGUGUAGGCACGGAUACAGAACCUUCCUAGACAGAGGCUGCCCUCCCUCCCAACGGGGCAAUGUUUGUGUGAGAAAGAACCCUGUCGCUGGCCUCACACAUGGAUGCUUGGUAUUCUCACAGUGCAAUUCUGAACCAAGUUCCAUCAACUUCAAUAAACUUAGAAGGGCCUAACUCUGUUUAGGAUUGCACUGUCAUUGGAGCCAUUGGAUGUGUCUUGUCCGAGCCUUAAUGGAAGGGAAUGAGGGGUAAAUGGAAGGUAGAUGGAAGGGAUGGAAGGGGUAAGUGUGGCAUUGUGUGCAUACAUCUUGAAUGGAAGUGAUUUCUAAUGGUGCCAUUCCGCACUGGCUGUGUGUGUGUGAAUACGGCAAUCACAUGGGAAGGGCUGAUUGCCCAACACUUUCUAUCAGAAUAGAGAGUAGAUCACGUGAGAAAUACUCAGGUGCUCAGCAUUACCCACGAGAUUGUAAUGUUCACAUAUAUACGACAACUCCCUGGGGUGAAACAAUGGGCAAGUGCCUACCACUCGCUUUGGAAGUAGGCAAGGGACCCGUUUUGUUGGAGUGGUCGGUUGAAGGAGAGACAGGAAAACUUAAGUUGGGUUAUACUAAUCCCUACUGAGAAUACAGAUAAGAAAAAGUGCAUCGCAUCUAAGGGUUGUAGGGAAUUAGCUUAUUCAGAGUGUAUGAAGAAAGUCAGUAUCCCCCCAGUUGGAGUUCAUUAUGAACAUAGCAAGCGAAGCCAUAUCAAGCAAGGAAAGAGGUGGAGAUGGAAAUGAUACAUUUUUUCUCUCUAUAAAGUUGAUUUAUUGUUAUCUGUUUUUCAUUAUAUGGGUAGAAGAACUAUCUCAUCCAAUAUCAGUUUAAAAUGAAGAUGGGACAUGGGUGAGAGACGGGAUUCUACUAUUCUUUCUAUGCCUUUGAAAAUGGGGCGCUGUUCUUCUGCAAAAAUGGAUACCAUUCACAGGAAAGCUUUAUAGGCAUUCCCAGGCGUUCUAACUCUGAUUAGAUUAUCUAAAUAGGACCUCUCUGGAGUGACUGUGUUUGCGGCUAUGAGGGGGAAAAGCCUUUGGAAUUUAAAGUAGUAUUCGUGGAAUAGCUUUUUCUUGUUUUAAACAAAUCUUACUCAGCAUCAGAAGAAUUACAUAUGGAGGCCUUUGCAGCAACAAAUAUUUAUACUGAUCAUAGCUUUGCAUAUCUAACUUUUACACUUUAGUAUCAGGUAGCAGCUAGUGGUUCAUAUCUACUCAGAAGAGAAUCCUAAAGCAUGCUUUAAGCAUGGAAGGAUCUACCGUCUAUCAGUGGCUUAUCUGAGUAAACAAAAUGAUCCUAGUCUUGGAUUCUGUGGUCAACCUUCACUAACAGAAGGCAUUUCCAUCUGUGGAAUGGGACUUCCUCUCCCACUGCAGCCAGAAGUGCCCCCCCGCACUGUUCCUGGGAGUUGGGGCCCCAGGAAGAGCAGGACGGGGGAACUGGCAAGAAGGUUCUAUUAGUAUAAAUACACUGUGGAUCCAAACCGGUAUUCUGAAGCGGUUUACAUUUAAGUAGUACUUUGCAAUGAGCAGCUGCGGUAUCGAUGUAUCUAAUUUAUUAUUUAUAGCAAUGUUUCGUAUUAUCACCCCCAUUGCAUUGACCAUUCAUUAAAACAUUUCAUAGUCUGAUUUUAGGAAUGGUUACUGUAUGAACUUUAUUUAACAAUGCCACAGCAAAAUAAACUUAAUAGAAACUGUCUUCUCCCCAUAAAAACACUAUGCCUUAUUUUACAAAAUGCACUAGGGGCUCAAUGCAGCUAAAAUUGAAGUUUAAAUACCCAUUACGAUUUAUAGGAGAGAGUUAAGCAAAUGCUUUAUUUAUUAUCUAGCUGAAAUUAAUUGGAUUUGAAAGUGUUGCAAUUUUAAAGUUUGAAAAAAAUAGGGCAAGAUUAAAACAGAGAUUGGAGAGCAUGCCACAAUAUUAACGUUAACAUUUGCUCAUUUUACUUAAACUUAAAUAUUUAAGUACCUCCAAUAUAUGCAAGGACAGCACUUUAAUUCUUAUUAUCUUGGCAGUUUUAACGAGGGCUGCUCAACAAGGUGAUGAAUUCUUCU